AGGUCCACAUCAAACAGCAUAAACAGUACCGUCACUGAAUCCUCCGCAAUCGGAUCAAAGGCCAUAGUCGUUGUCGUCGGUCGAGCAACGAUAUGAGCCUUCUUGUGUGAUGUUCAGUUGCUCGAUCCCACCGAAGACAAACGCUCAGCCGAGUUUGAUCCCUAUCGUGUGAAUAUUAUUUAACCCAGAAGCGGUGUGAAUGGUUGAUUGAUAGGUAUAUGAACUGGAAACGUCUGCCAGUGGCCAAAGUGGAUUAAACUCAAUACCAUGCUCUCGUCGGCGGCUUGAGAGACACGUUUCAAUGUGAUCAAGGUUUCAAUUAGAAGAAUCAACAAAUUGAAUCAGACGGUGCCACAUCAAGUGAUACGUGAUGAUUGGUUCGUCCGGCAGCUGAAAGCGAACCAGAAAAUGUGUGUGCAAUGUUGGUGUACGAAUCUCAAAAAGAGUGCAGAACAAUACGUUCUCAUCCCCAUCGGCAAAGUAAAUGGUAAUGACAAAAUCAAGUUUGAUUCCUUGCCGCAAAACCAUGGUUGGUUAGGUCAAUAUACCUAGGAAUUGGAAACAGAACAAAAUUGUGUUAGAGACAAGCAGGGAAGAGAAAAAAAUCUCCAAGAGAAGAGGAGAUAUAAAGCUUUCCAAAUUUAAUUACCGAUUCGAAUGUUUACGAUUGUGGCUUCCUGUGAUCUUUAAAACCAAUCUAAACAACGGUUCGUGUGCCACAAGGCGAAAUAAAAAGUUGGUGGAAAACUGGAAGCAGUGCUUACGGUUCAGUAAUUGCUAGAUCCGCUCGGGAUUGGGGUGCAAUAAAUCGGUGCUGUAGAAGUAAACCACUGCUGCUCUCAGCUUGGUGGUUAAAGUUCUGUUGUAAAUAUUGUGAUUAAAUUAAUGCUUUGUGGUUUGCAUAUGGCGAUCGGGCAGAGGAAAAAUCACCAGCAAUACAUCGAAAUCAAAAAUAGUCCUUCCGGGUGUGAAGUGAAACGUGAUUCAUCCGUGUGAAAGUUUGAAGGAUGCAAGUGCCUGUGGUCGUCUGCACCGGAAACGAGUGUGGCACCAGUGGCAAUUGAUAACGCCAGUUUCUUCGUUUAAUUGCACACUGUCCCAACAUUGUUGCUGAAUAAUACAUACGAGAUUCAAUAAAAUGAUAAUCUCAACGCUAGAAUCGAGUAAAAGUGUGCCUGUUUUACCAUCAUUGAUAUCGUGAAAUUUCUAGGCACAGCAGCUAUCAUCUCUAAACAACAGUCACCCCUCCCACCGCGUGAAUCAUGAUAGAUCCAGGGGGUAGAACGGAUCGCCCUGCGAUUUUUGGGCCCUCCGAUAGUGUUAACUUUAGCACACCACCAGUUGGCGUUAGUGAAGUGUACGGCAAUGUAAUAUAUCAAGAAGUAGUCAAGGGCGGACGAGGUUCCAGCGAUACAGACGAGUUCAUCCUGCUGGAGACGAUACUCACCAAUUACACUAACGAGCUCGUCAACGUGUCAACCACAGAAGUUCCGUACACCCCGUACGAGCGGAGACCCGAAACGUACAUUGUGCCAAUUCUAUUCGCAGUCAUCUUCAUCGUGGGUGUGCUGGGCAAUGGGACCCUCAUCAUCGUGUUCCUGCGACAUCGCGCCAUGAGGAAUGUACCGAACACCUACAUAUUAUCAUUAGCGUUAGCUGACCUUCUUCUCAUCGUAACAACGGUUCCGUUUACAUCAAUCGUCUACACGCUGGAUUCGUGGCCCUGGGGCAGCUUGUUGUGCACUUCGUCCGAGUUUAUCAAAGACGUUUCAAUCGGCGUAUCGGUAUUCACGCUGACCGCCUUGUCCGGAGACCGCUUCUUCGCUAUCGUGGACCCAUUGCGGAAGUUUCACGCCCAUGGUGGUGGCCGAAAAGCAACCAGGAUGACCAUCAGUAUUGCAGUUUUCAUAUGGGUACUGGCGAUUGUGUUUGCCAUUCCGGCCAUCGUUGGAACACAUAUCCGGUCGGCGAAAGUCAACAAGGACGUUACGAUAGACUUUUGCUACCCGUUUCCGGGCGAAUGGGGACCGGGCUAUGCUCGUGGCAUGGUGCUCGGAAAAUUUCUAGCAUACUACGCGGUGCCUCUCUGCAUUAUUGCAAUCUUCUACGCACUGAUAGCACGACAUCUCAUACAUAGUGCCAAACAUGUGCCUGGUGAAACGCAGGGAACAAUGCGACAGGUGAAAGCGAGGCGAAAAGUUGCCAUUACUGUGCUGGCGUUCGUAGUUAUUUUCGGAAUCUGCUUCCUGCCAUCGCAUCUCUUCCUGCUGUGGUUUUACUACAACCCCAAUUCCCAGGAAGAAUACAAUCAGUUUUGGCACGUGCUCCGAAUAGUGGGCUUUUGUUUCUCGUUUGCCAAUAGCUGUGCCAAUCCGGUAGCACUCUACUGUGUGAGUGGAGCUUUCCGUAAACACUUUAACAGAUAUUUGCUGUGCCAAGGAUCAUCCAGUGCAAGGAGGCGUCGUGGUGACAAUCUGGGUCACCGGGAUACAUCACUGACCAGCACUAUGUCCAGGAGAUACACCAGCAAGAGAAUUGGAACGCAGUCAAUGCGAAUGAACAUCCAAGAAACAACCAUCAUAAUGGUUCCAAACGGAACCAACAACAAUAAUAACAACGGUCAUCACCCAGACGGCGGUGCAAUCCGUUCAUCGUAAUGGAUUAUCAUCUCAGCAAGUGGAUAGCACGUAUAAUGUCCGCCAGAAAGUUCCCUCACACAAUUUGCCACUAACUGGGUUCACAUAAAUUCGUUAAGAUGAAACUGAUUUCGCCUCGCAAACGAUCACAAACGCUGUCAGCUGCACUUUCGUUUCGUGUGCUAAAACUAAGCGUUUCCGAUGACAUCGCCAGUUGGAAUUAAAUGUGCCUCUUAUCAGCCCUGGUAAUCAUCAAGAUAUUCAGGAGCAGCAGCUUCGCUAGUACCAUUGUUCCGAGAUAACACAAUAAAUUGCCAGUGGAGACAGUGGAAAAUAAAUCUGGCGUUUCAAGCAUUUAAGUACGCCUCGCUGAAUACGGUCAUUUUUGCGGUAAGUGGAAACUGCUGCAACAUCAGGAUCUUAGUGUCCCUUUAACUGUUCUAUCAGCAUUGAAACAUAUGAUGGAACUAAAGGAGGCUAACGCUUCCUUGAUUCCAACUUUUGGCAUCAAGAAAUUACGAAAAUUUUAUUUGUGCAGUUUCCGAACCUUCAGUAUUGUUUCAACUGUUUCGUAGUUCGUAGCGAUGUUCAGUUGUUCUUCGUUUUUCACAUCAACGAUUGAAUGAAAGACUACAAAAUUGAGCUUUCCACUCAGAACACAAUAUGAAUAUGAUACAGCUGGAGUUCACUAAGAAUGUACGAUUCAUGGGAAUAUGGUGAUACAGAAAAUGAGAACCUCUAAAUACUGGGAUAAAAGUAUAUACAUGACGACGAAAUGCAAACGAAAAAUUUAGUAGCGAAGUGUACAAAAUACAUCCAUGAAAAUAAUUCAAUGUGUCAACUUUCUAGCUCGCUUGUUUGGUCAAUUGAUGUGAAGCCAUCAUUAAGCUAUUGUUGUGUUUCACAACACACAUGUCGAUUACUAACUAUUGUAAAUAUUUAAC